AUGGAAGACUCAAAACCGAAAAAAAGACCUGGGAUUGCUGCUCAAGAGACUGGCCCUGGCCCUGGAUGCUACAGCUUACCUCCAACAGUCGGAUUUGUCAACCACGACUACACCCGCUUUACCAGUCCAGCAUAUUCUUUCCACCAGAGACUUAACAAUAGCAUACAUUUGAAAGAUACAAGCCCUGGACCCUGUUACUAUAUAGAACCAGAGACCACCCGCUUUGGCAGAGUCAGGGGCCCCUCGUAUUCGAUGCUGGCUCGACCAAAACCUCCAGGUCUGCCACAGACCCCUGGACCAGGCACGUACAGCCCCGAAAGAGUCCCACCUCCGUCCCAACAGAGACCACCAUCUUUCUCCAUAGGUUCCCGCACUAAGCACCGCCUGGCAGAUCAUGUCCCUGCCCCCAACAGCUAUGCCCUUCCCACACUACUGGGCCCACGAGUCCCCAGCAAACCCUCUAGCCCCAGUUUCACGAUGUCUGGACGGAGAAACAAAGGCAGCUACGCAGAAGACCUGUCUCAAACGCCGGGCCCAGGACGCUACAGCAUCACCAACCCCAACGUUUACUUGUGCCGGCGGCCCAUGUUCUCCAUGCUGGGGAGGCUCCAGAAGCCCAGCAGUGCCUUCCCCACACCGGGUCCUGGGACGCACAGCCCAGAAAAGGUAACAGCUCACUGGGCAAGAGCCCCUUCUUAUUCCCUCGGAGUUCGCCACUCAGAAUACCUCAUGCCACUCGUUGUAGAUCCUCCAGAAUGGUAG